GCUACGGCUAGCUAGCUUGCAAAAUAUUUAUUCAGGAAAUAGCAUAUUUUUAACUGCCAUUGACUUUACAUUAAAUUGCCAUUGGCUUUAAAUUAUUGACGAAAAGUUAAUAUAGUCUCCCAAUCGGUUUGUUACUUAAAAUGGAAAAUAAAUUCAUCCAAUGGAAGAAACAAUGUCUAACCAAAAUAGAUUAUAGCCGGAAGGGAACGGUGGAUGAGGACAUAUCACAUAUUGUUUCUGUCCUGAAUAACUCUGACAACUAUUUCACCACCAGCUCCUGUUCUGGAAGGAUUAUUCUCACAGAUGGGGUAUCAGACAAUCCAGAUGUGCAGAAAAGGAACUGUUCUUGGCUUUUUGUCACACACAAGAAAUGUCUAAUCAGAGAUUUGGUGUCUGGUUUGGAGAAGUCAUCUGGAGAUGCUGUUUUGAAGUUUGAGCCUUUUCUGCUUCAUGUCCAAUGCAGACAGCUUGAAGAUGGCCAGUUACUGCACUCUGUGGCAAUAAACUCUGGCUUUAGAAACUCUGGAUUUACUGUUGGCAAAAAGGGCAAAAUCAUAAUGGCUGUUCGUAGCACUCAUGGUCUGGAGGUUCCACUAAGCCACAAAGGACAGGUCUUGGUAAAGGAGGACUACAUCCAUUUCCUGGUGGAAGUUGCCAAUCAGAAAAUGGAAGAGAAUUUAAAACGAAUAUCGAGGUUCUACAAGUGUCUUCAGACAGCUUUGCUACCAGUGGAAUCGCAAAGCCUGUGCAAAUUUGAGACAGAAGAGAAGCCUGUUUACAAACGACGGAAAAAAAGAGGACAGAACAGUGCCUGUCAAGACAGCAGAGACAUUUCUCCAAUUGAGCUGGAAGACUGCUUGGACAGUGGGGUUGAUCUGUUUACAUAGAUGACAAUGAUUGCAUUUAGAGGUAAUCAUCAAUAGCUAUUUGGAAAACGUUUCUUACGGAAGUCUGAAAAAGACACAAGAGUCAAAGGAGAAGUGCAUCGAACUAUAGCUCAGUUUUUUUUAACAUACUAUAGUAUGGGAUGUUUUACUAUCCAUGCAGCCAACCACUCAAUCGUUAGUCUCUUACAACAUCAAUCAAAAGGAUGGAUCUAAUGUAGAGCCUUGAUAUUUUACCUCAAAAUGGAUCCAGAGGUAAUGUACUCUCACUAAAGAAUCCACUUCCUAUUGUUUUUGAUAUUUGGCGCCAGUGUAACAGUAAAACAAAGUGCACAUUA